AUGAAGACCCGGUCGAGAGCUCCCGUGAAGAAGCCGAAGAAGGAAGAAGGUGAAGAGGAGUCAACAACAACGAGCACGACAUUGCAGCCCAGCGAGACGAGUCCUCCACGCCUGUUUGUUCUUCCGAGAGAUGCGACGCCAGAAGCCCGAAUUGUCACGCUGCCGAACCCUGCAACCUCGACCCCAAAUCGCUACUACUUCUGCCCAGAGAAAGGCUUCUAUGAGUUCACCAAAAUCGCCGCGCCCAGGAGGACACCUCGAAGCUGGCUCCUUGCACCUCGGCGUAACCACAAAGAAUCUUUGAACAGAGAAACCGGUGUUACUUUUCAAGAGGAGCAAGAAUUAGUAAAACCGUUAGAUGCGGAGGCUCAAUCCGAUAGCUCUGACGACACCAGCCUAUCCAAUGGUUACGUUGCGAAAGAUGCGGAUUUGUAUAUCGCCACGCCUUUAGACCCGCUGUUUCUCUUGCUCCCUAUACUGGCGCCGCCCUCUACAUCCGCCAAGGACGAAGACCAUCUCUUGUUCGUCUCGAUGGAUGACCAUCUAGACGCCUGCGCCGCUUCAUCAGCACACGUGAAACAGCUUCUGCGCCACCAGAAGCUCAGAGCGAUGCUACAGGAGCGUAUGAAUCACGUUUGCGAUGCCGUUGAUGCCGGCGCCGAGAACAUGUAUCGUUUGUCCAAAGACAAACUCCUAGAAGAGCUGCUGGUGAAGGCGCGGAGACUGGCGACGAACGGCUUGCCUGCAUCAAUGGAGCAGAAGUUCGUUCGUGCCGCAUUGGAGGUUCCCGUCAUGAACAUCCGGCGGGAGGAAAGCACAAUAAGCGCUGUCUCGACUGACAUCGCCGAAGAUGUUCCUUCGCAAGACACAGGCAGCCAGGCGCCGUCGGAGUCCACGGCCGAGUCUCAGCAAACAGCGGAUUCGGCCGGAGGUGCAUCGUCAAAUGCAACAUCGUUCUCAUUAGCAUCAACUGCUGCGGCCGAAACACUAUCUAAGGCUUCAAUUGCCGCGCCUGCAGAUGUUGCAGAGCUAUUGCAGGUCCGCACGGCCUUCAACUUCAUAGCAACUUCAUAUCUACCACCGCACCUCCGUCGGGGACUCCAGCAAAUGCUAGCUUCGACAAAGGAAGUCGAUUUUACCCCCUUGGACGCCCACCUGAAGCAUCUUGACUCUCUUCGAUCGCAGGCUCAAGCGCUUCGCUCUCUAUCAGACAACAUUAGCCGGAAGCGAUCCGCUGUAGAGGAUGAGGAGGCAGCCGAAGUACGAGCGGAGAAGAAACGGAAGAAAGAGGACGAGGAGAAAAAGAAGAAGACGCAGAGCCAUGGCGUGAGGCAGCUGCAGAAAGCAGAUACCUCAGGGAUGAAAAAGCUCAGCGCAUUCUUCGCCAAAGCACCUGCAACUAAGGCGGCGAAAUGA